AUGACAGGAGAGUGCGUACGACUCGUUAGAGAUGAGUUGAUAGCUGCCUUGCUGAGCAUUUCCCUCAAAGCCCUACAGGAUAUACCACAUCCUGAAUUCGCUAGGUUUGAUGCCGAGUUCGAUGCCGAAGGUGUGUCAGAUGAUGAGACUUUCGAAGAUGAUAUCAAUGCGCCAUAUUUAUGGUGGUUUCACCGCCGGGACGAAAUUGAAGCAGCCAGUCAAACGCUUCCUGAGCCCCUAUACGAACAUUUCACUGCAUUCCGCAACUACAUAUACGACAGUAUGACUAUGGAAUGGAGUCAAGUUGAAGUUCUACUUGAGGGAGGCAGAAUCACCCGGGAGUACCUGCAUUAUUUGUUUGUCCCGAACAGCAUCCUGGUGUCUAAUCCUAAAGGAGCGGGGACACAUGAACUCAGCGGAGUCUGUGCGAAGGACUGGCUGAUCAAAAGUUCUCAGGAGGAGUUCCCUCCUUCCAUCAGUGUCACACGUUGGGGUUUUGACGGUCACUUCAGAAAGAUUACCGAAACUCAACAGCUUUCGAAGCUACCAGGAGAGGAAGCCGACGAUCCAAUACAGAUACGUGAUCUUCCAAUAUAUCCUGCGAAGUAUGCCGAUGAGGAAGUAAAGGAUUCUUUACGACAACGUGGUAACACGUUUUGGAAAUGUCGCCGGAGACGCUAUGUAUAUUCCCGCCGAUUUCCUGAGGGCGAUAUCGGGCGAUUGGCUGAUUCUCGAUUCAUGGUCGACUUCGGAAUGUACAGCCAGAUGCAUCGCGUGAUGAGGGGAGCCGCGAACGAACACCACGGCGACAUACUACCAGACGACGAAGAACGCCUUCCAGAGGAAGGAGACGCUUUCUUCAUGUGCCUCCCAAACAAAGUUUAUGGCUUCAAUAUGCAAAAGAAAGAAUGGCUCAAAUUGGACAUUGAAUUUUUAGAGGAUGUCAAAUGGAACGAAGAGGCCUUCAACCAGCUAGUCAUCAACGAGAGCACCAAGGAAUUAGUUGAGGCGGUUGUUACCCAUCAACUGCAAGAGGAGGGGAAUACAGACCUCAUUCAAGGGAAAGGAAAUGGUCUCUUUAUCCUGCUUCAUGGUGGCCCUGGCACCGGCAAGACAUUAACUGCAGAAAGUGUGGCCGAGGUCGCUAAAAAGCCGCUGUAUAGAGUCACUUGCGGUGACAUUGGGACAAGGGCUCAGGAUGUAGAAGAGUAUCUAGAGAAGGUUAUGCUGCUUGGGAAGACAUGGGGUUGUGUUGUUCUUCUUGACGAAGCCGACGUGUUUCUCGAACAGCGGAGCUUGCAAAAUUUAGAGAGAAAUGCUCUCGUCUCAGUCUUUCUUCGAGUUCUGGAGUACUACGACGGACCUUGA